AUUUAUACACAGAUCGUGUUAAGAUGUUGAGCUUUGCGGUUUUGUUUCUCACAUUUGUCUUAUUGUUAAUUUUUUAUUUAUAUAUAAAAGCAAAAGAACGACCCAACAAUUUUCCACCAGGUCCACCACGAUUGCCAAUAUGGGGAAGUUAUUGGUUUAUGUUAAAAGAAAACUACAAUUUUGCUCAUUUAGCUCUUGAAGCUUUGGGAAAGCGGUAUAAAACCGACAUUUUGGGUGUGUUUCUCGGAGAUUUUCCCACAGUUGUGACAUUUAGUCACGAAUUAUGUAAAGAACUUUUAACAAGAGAUGAGUUCACAGGGAGGAAUGACACUAUUGUUACGAGAACACGAAGUAUGGAAGAAAAAAGAGGUAUAUUUUUUGUUGAUGGUCCAUUUUGGAAAGGACAAAGAUGGUUUUCUUUACGUUACAUGAGAGAUUUUGGGUUUGGGAGACGUUCUGAAGUACUAGAAAACUCCAUUGCAGAUGAAAUUAAGUACUUGCUGAAUUUACUCGACAAGGAACCAGACGCAACAGAUAGGGAUAUUUGUAAGGGCAGAGGCCAUGUGUUGGUACCGGACAUUUUUUAUGGACCACUGCUGAAUAGCAUAUUUUCAAUUCUUGCGUCUACUCGUUUUGAUUAUUAUGAAUUAAGAGAAUGUGCAAGAGCUGGUUUAAGGUUCCAAAGGAGUGGAGAUGCAACAGGGGCAGCUUUAAGUAUGACACCUUGGUUAAGAUUUAUAGCUCCUGAUUUUUUCGGAUAUACUUCAGUCAUUAAAGAUAAUGGACACUUAUUGGAUUUCGUGCGGAAAAUUGUCGAUGAACACUUGGAAACAUUUUCCGAUGAUUACCACCGUGAUUUUAUUGAUGUUUUUAUUAGCGAGAGUACUAAAGAAGGUCAAUUUGACUACAAGCAGCUUUUGAUGAUCGUGUUGGAUUAUAUGUUUCCACCUCCCAUUGCUAUUGGACACACUUUAAGCUUCUAUUUUGCCUAUAUAAUUAACAAUCCACAUGUUCAAACUAAAAUCCAAGAAGAAAUUGACAGCAUUGUGGGAAGGCAACGCUUACCAAAUUUAGAUGACCGAAAAUUUAUGCCCUACCUGGAAGCAAGUAUUAGAGAAGCAGUUAGAAUAUUUCCUCUUAAUCCACUUAGCAUUCCAAGGAGAUGUGUACAAGAUACCUAUUUAGGUGGAUAUUUUAUACCAGAAAAUACCAUCAUGAUUCCUUGUAUUUGGACCGCACAUAAAGACGAACGUAUUUGGGAAAAUCCGGAAGAAUUUAAACCUGAAAGAUUUUUGGACGAAGAUGGCAAUUUGCUGAAGAAAGAUAAUACUAUAGGAUUUGGAGCAGGAAAGAGGUUAUGUGCAGGGGAAACAUUCGCUCGUCAUUAUAUGUUUCUCAUUGUGGCUAGUUUUCUUCAAAAUUAUACCAUACAAACUCCUACUGGAGAAGCUGUUAAAUUCGAUAUAAUACCUGGAAUUAACUUAUCGUUGAAGGAAAAUUGGAUCAAAGCAGUACCACGCUAACUCUUUUCAGACGAAAUAUGUAAAUACAUGAAUGUCUAUAAAUGAUAAUUCAAACUUAUUUAGAAAUAUCGUUUACUGUUAGAAUUUAACUUACAAAUUUGUGGAAUUAGUAGGUAGUAUUUGUUUAGGCAGCUAGUGGAAUAAGAGUUUGUAAACUUGUUAGUUCUAAGAAAAGAACCUACGUACGUGUAAGAUGAUAAGUAAUUAUUACUAAUAGUAAGGCCCCCUCAGAACACAACAUGUUUUAAUGCUUUUACUCUGGUUUUCAAAGCAACUUUUGAAAAGUUAAAAUUUUUAAAGAAUUUACUCGGUUUUUCGAAGUCACCCUUUUUUAAAAAAGUCAAAAUUUUAAGAAAUAUAUCCUGUUUUAUCAAACGUGAAUAUGGUUUCGGCCAAGAAAAGUUACCAUUUAAAAUCACUUAAAAUUCGUCUUUUUUCCCUGUUUUUCUGUUGGGCCGCUUCAGCACAAAAAUGAAUACGAUUUCGGCCAAAACAAUUCACCUUUUAAAAACACUUGAAUUUUAAAGCUUUUGAGAAUACUUUGCUUUUUUAAUCAUUUUGUCCUGUUUUUCAAGGUAACUUGUUAAUAAAGUUUAAUUUUUGAGAAAUUUACCGUUUUUCCAAACGUACCCUUUUAAAAAAGUCAACAUUUCAAGGAAAAUACCCCGCUUUUCCAAGCAAGAAUACGGUUUUGUCCAAAAUGAAGAUAAAAUUUAUUUAAAAGAAUUAUGUGAGUUGGAAAAUUUGGUGUAUACCAAAACGGUAUACACUCUAGAAAAUGACCAAGUCUUUAAAGUCAUUUAAAAAAUAUAGGAGCACAUAUACAUAUUUCAAGUAUAAAUUCCUUCAGUUAAUGAAACUAUGAAAAUGUAUGAAAAUGUGUAGCAUACAGCAUACCUUAGGUGAAUCACAGACGAUUAAUUAGUUUUAUUAUUUGAUCGAUAAGCCCACAUUUAAAACCGAAAACUGUCAAGUCAAAUUUAUCAGAUUUAACUAAUGUAUUCUAAAUAUCAUCAAAUUCAUAAUAAAUUUUAUCUUUAAAGAAAUAUAAAUUUCUAUAUCUGAAUGCUCUUCUUAUAUUUGGAGGUAUUCCAGCAAAUAAUUCUGAAAUAAGGCCAUGUUUCUUUGAUCUAAACAAACACUCAUCAAACUCAAUGUACAAGACUUUAUCAUAAAAUAUAUAUGUUUUUCCAGAAUAAGUUCUAAAUAUUGCAUCAAUUCUUUUUCCUUUUGGUAUUCCUAAAUUUUCAAUAGAUCGA